AUGAAGUCAUUUCACUCAGCAGAUAACAUCCCCUUCGAGGAACAUUUCGAAAUCCAUAUACCAAAUCAGCAGCCUGAACAAGUACACGUCAAAAGUGGUCUGCCUCACAAUGACUCCGGAGAUGAUAUUCCACCCAAAGUACACAUGUGUUUUGAUAGCUUAAAUAAUGUAAAACAAUUUUAUAAAAAUUACGGUAUUAGAAGCGGCUUUGGUAUUCGCACCAGGACUUCAGCACGGGGCGAAGACAAUGAAAUCAACUACAUCAAGUUGGUCUGUUCACGCGAGGGAAAUUAUGUGUCUGCUAUUCCUCCAGAAUUGAAGACCGUCCCCACUAAAGCAAAACAGUGUAAAGCUUCAAUCACCGCAGCAAAGAAAGACGGACAAUGGUUCAUAAGGAGCGUUGUAACUGAUCACAGUCAUGACAUUAGUCCGAAGAAGUCAAGGCUAAUACGGGGCAACCGUAAAGUUGAUAUGCAUUCAAGGCAAACUGUUGAAACUAACGAUGACGCUGGUGUCCGAAUUAACAAAAGUUUCCGCUCUCUUGUGUCUGAAGCAGGUGGAUAUGAACACGUUAACUUCAUUGAACGUGAUGUUCGCAACUACAUUGGUCAACAAAGGCGAUCAUUGUGUAAGGAUGGGGAUGGGCAGGCCCUUCUACGACAUUUUUCAAAAAUGCGAGAAUUAAACAACGACUUCAUCUUUGAAAUUGACAUGAACGAAGACAACCGUAUAUGCAAUGUUUUUUGGGCCGAUGCGCGCAGUAGAGCGGCAUCUGAGGAUUUUGGUGAUGUUGUGUCUUUUGACACCACAUAUCUGACCAACAAAUAUGACAUGCCUUUCGCUCCUUUUGUAGGUGUUAAUCACCAUGGACACUCCAUUUUAUUAGGUUGUGGUCUAGUAUCAGUUGAAGACACAAGGUCGUUCGUGUGGAUUUUUGAAUGCUGGCUUCGGUGCAUGUAUAACAAACCACCGGAAGGAAUUGUUACCGACCAAUGUAAGGCAAUGCUUAAUGCAAUUGGAGAAGUUUUCCCAAAUACCAAACAUCGAUGGUGUCUAUGGCACAUAAUGAAAAAAGUGCCGGAAAAAUUGCAAGGUUACACAAAUUACAAAUCUAUCAAGACUGAAUUGAAAAGACUAGUGUAUGAUUCAAUCACGGUGGGUGAGUUUGAGUUGGGAUGGCAGGCAUUUAUUGGACAAUAUGAUUUGACCACAAACGACUGGCUCACUACAUUGUUUGACGAGAGACAUUGUUGGGUUCCUUGCUAUCUAAAAAGUCAGUUUUGGGCUGGAAUGUCAACCACCCAAAGGAGUGAAGGCCUGAACGCUUUUUUUGAUGGGUUCAUUAAUUCGGGAACUACUUUGCAACAAUUUGUUGUGCAAUAUGACAACGCAUUACGGCAAAACGCAGAAAAAGAAUUUGAAGCUGACUUUGCUUCAUCCAAUACCACUGUUGCAUGUGGAUCACAAUCUCUUAUUGAGAGGCAAUUUCAACUAGAGUACACGCACGCCAAAUUUGCGGAGGUCCAGAACGAAUUUAGGGGAAAGAUUAAUUGUUUCGUGAAAAGGGUGUUCGAAGACGGAUGUCUGUUGAACUAUACUGUAAGGGAAGAGUGGUUGUGGGAGGGAAAAAAAUACCACAGAAUGCAUGAUGUUGUGCUUGACACGCUGACAACCAAUAUCCAAUGUAGUUGUAUGUUGUUUGAGUUUAGGGGCAUCAUGUGUCGUCACAGCUUGUUGACGCUUGGACAAGAAGACAUUGAGUGCGUGCCAGAAAAAUAUGUUCUCCGUCGCUGGUCCAAAAAUGUUAGGAGGAGGCAUAGUUUGAUAAUAGCGGGAUACAAUAGAAGUAAUGAUGACCCACGGAUGCAAAGAUACAAAAUCUUAUGCAAGAGGUUUUACGAUUUAGCGGAGGUGGCAUGUGACUCAGACGCUUCAUCUACGAUGUUGUGCAAUGAGCUGAAUUCUAUUGCAAAAGGAUUAGGUGUCCCUACCAAAUCUAAUCCUUUUUUACUUACCCAACAAGGUGACAUUGAAGACAAUGGCGGUGAACAUGUUAAAUCCCAUUUGAAAAUUUAA